GGAAGCAAAACAUUGCACAGAGAAAAAAAGCACGCAGUGUUUGUGCGUUCACGUACCAGGGAGAUUUGACACGUAUGCUACGCAGUAGGCUAAAAGCAACAAAAUCGACUUGAAAAAUGGCCAGCAAUUCGCCGAGAAGGCACGGUGAAGACUCGUUGAACGAUUCAUGGGUGGUCUUCAACCAAGAAGGGGGUGACAGUGGUAAUGGGAAUAGCACUAACAGACCACUAUCUAUGUACAAUGGUAACAUGGAAAAGUUGCUGAUGGAAGCCCAGAGGGAGUCACGAUCCACAUCAAGAGGGAGUUCUCAGGGAGGGAGUCCUAAAAGUCCGCACAGUCCAGUAGGCAGUGGCGCCAACAGUGGCCCAGGAUCCACCUACAGUAAUGGGUCUGACAGAUCACAGACUGCUCCCAUCCUGCCAGGUCCUGGUGCUGGCUUGGCCCAGGGAACUGCAGAGUGGAUAUGGGAUUGGUCAAGUCGGCCAGAGCCCCUCCCACCAAAGGAGUUUCGCUUCAAGCACCCUGAUCACACCAGGCUGAGUAUUCGCAAGUCUAAGGCCAUGAAGAGCAACUUCUUAUCGACAGAGGUCUUGAGUGUCUUCAUUCCAUCCCUCAUCCUAACUAACCUUCUCACCUUGGGAAUUGGCAUUUAUAUCGGGCUGCGUGUGAUCUCUCCAAGAUCUAGUUGAGAUGGAUGCCUUAAUUGAUUGGUACCCUGUUCGAAUCCAACCAGUGCGUACAGUUAUUGAAGGGACUUGUUACCAGUAUUUAACUGCCGAGAGAGCUGCUUAUUUUCCUCUCGUGAUUGGCAAUUAAGGUUUUGUUACAGAAUUGCAUUUUGAAAUUGUUUUGUUCAGAUCUUUAUAUCUGGAAGUUAAGGUCAGAGGUUUGUUACACCCUGCGAUAUUGUACCUUGACUGGAGUAGCCCCCAAUGCAUUUCAGUAAUUUAUUCUUGUGAGUUGCGCAUGUUGUGAGAGAGUUAAAUGUACAUUUCCUUGUUACACAGCAUUCAAAUCCUCCAGCUCGUCAGGCCGAAUAGUUCGCAUGAUGGCCCUGAUGGGCGGACAAGCCAGACAUACAAGCUAUUUGAUGUGCAUGAGCACUAUUUUGCAUAUAUUGUCAUGGACAAAUCAUGAUAGAGACCUAUCCUGCUUUGCAUAGCAUAAUGUGCCUCUCAGAGAUAUUCCCGAAUAGACUGUUCUAUUUUUCCUCAGGGGAGGAUAGAUGCCAGGGAAAAUAUAAACAAGUUAAGGUGUAUUGAUCAUAGACUGUUAUUCAUGAGGAAUGAUUCAAUGAAAAAAAAAACUUCAUGGGGUGAUCCCUGAAAGGGCUGUUCUAGUUUUCCGAGAUGAAACUUGUGGAAAAUACAACAGUAUGAUGGUCACUGAGUAAGGGUAGUUGCACUGAUUGAUUGAUUGAUUGAUUGAUUGAUUGAUUGAUUGAUUGAUUGAUUGAUUGAUUGAUUGAUUGAUUGAUUGAU